AUGGUCAAGUCACUCGUCGGCGCCCUCGCUCUGGCAGCGCUGCCCUCGGCCCUCGCCUUCCGCAACACGUCGCCCUUCUUCCUCUUCUCCACGGCCGACCUCCUAAUCCCCAACAACGACGCCGCCAUCGCUGAGUCAUCCGAAGUCACCGUCGACAUCCUCAAGGCCCUCGAGCACUGCCCGACCAAGUCGUACAUCAUCAUCGAGCAGGAUGGCGUUUCCGCCGCCGACUACGCAGACGGACGCGCCAUGCCACAACUGAGCCAGUACAUGUCUGGCCAGCACUCCGAAGUCAAGUCGACUGUGGCGAUUCCCGACGUUGUUGGCACUGUCGAUGCGGGAGCCCUCGCCGACCAUCUGGUGUCCAAGUGUGGGCAGGAUGGUGGAUUCUUCGGGCGAACAACCAACCCAGUGCGCCCAGGCUCGCAGGCGUUCCGCAUCGAGCAACUUCAACGCGAUGACACCAAGUUCGACAACCUGAUUGUCAACUCGGCCAAGUCCCAGGACUACACCUUCAUCUACAUCACCACCCCUCCCACCGAGGCGCAAGCCAAGGAGUCGCUCGAGCACCACACCUACGAGAUGGAGACCUCCUUCCCAGAGUCCGUGCAGAUGGAGCUGAAGCGCGAUCUCUCUUCGCAUGCCAAGCGGGCAAACUCGACGGAGGGCGGCCUGUUCGAGAAGUACCAGUACUUCACACCCGGCAUCUUCAUGGGAUUCGCUGCCAUUAUCCCGCUGUUCCUCAUCCUUCUGGUCGGCAUCCGAGCCCUCACCAGUCUCGAGGUUUCAUACUUCGCCUUUAGCAAGGAGAUGGGCCCCAACGCGCAGAAGAAGCAGUAG